GCGCUCUGGUUUUGUGCGGGGAUCAGGAGGCGGUAGAAAAAUUCACAACAGCAAUCGUCACUUUUCCACUUUCCAUUUUGAGAAAGAUAUUUGACUUUGCGUAAUUCGUACGUUGCCUGUUUGCCUAUACGCCUCUUCAACUUCACCGGUCACAGCAAUCCGUAUCCCCAGAUGUAGCGCUUAAUUAGCAUUCAAGUCGAUUGGACAGAUAUAAAGGAAUCGAAUGCAAACGAAUUACAAAUAGUCGGUAAAAGUGAAUACACAAGCGACAGUAAAACGCGUGGAACCACCAAACAUUAAAUCAGCCACCGCCCAAACAGCAGGCAGGCAACGACGGCACGCACAGUCUGAGGAGCCCAGUCCAAUCGCGAUUAGAUCGGAUCACCGCUACUGCUGCUGCUGCUGCUAAUAUGCGUGUCAUCGCGCCGCGUGGAUCAUCAACGUCAGCGGCGGGCAGUGGCAGUCUUUACGGCACAUCGUCGUCGACCAGCGGCGGCAACGGCGCCGGCACCAGCAGCUCCGGCUCCGGUGCGACAGGCAGCGCUUCGGGUGGGGCCACCACCAACGGUUAUUCGCGCUGCAACGCCUACUACGAUCGCAGCAGCAGUCUCUCAAAGUUUCUGCCUACGUCCGGCAGCUCAGUCUCGUCCACGAGCUACAGCAGCGCCAGCAGCUACUAUCCCAGCUCGUAUUUGGCCUCGUCCUAUGCACCACGUUCCACCCUGCACCGGAACAGUGUUGGAUCCACAUCGUCGUCGUAUCUAAGCGGAGGUUCAGCCGCGGGCCCGUCCACCUAUCGCACCAGUUCAGCGUAUUUGAGCGAUUCAUCUUCUUACGGCAGAUAUGGCUUGCCGCGCAAGACAACAAAAGGAUCCGUAUCCGUAUCCGUAUCCGGAUCCGCCACUAAUGGCGAGAGCGGAUUGAAGAAGAACGAUUAUGGACUGCGGCGUGAGACCGCCAAGAAGCCGCCGACAAGCGGCGGUGGCAGCAGCAGCAGCAGCAGCUACAACAACGAGAGCGCCCUUAGCAACGGGCAUUCGAAACGCCUCUCCAGCUCAUCCUCAUCACCAUCCCUAGCACGUUUAGUGGCCACAUCGGGGCUGGACAUGUACGAAAAGUACAGUCCGGCCAACUAUAAACCCAAAUGUGAACCGUCGUCACGUUCUAGAUCGGGGCUCAGUGAGACGCCGUUGGGCGAUGUGGACGGCAACGGCAACGGGAAUGGCAAUGGCAAUGGCAAUGACACGACCACCUGCACGGUGACACUGGACCGUCCGCGGACCAGCCGCUACAGCCGGCUCUACAGCAGCAGCAGCGACGCCGGCGACACCACGCCAGCCACCAGCACAGGGACAAGCACGAGCACAACAUCCGCCACGCGGCUGGCACAGCGCAGCGGGUCCGGCCGGUUCACGUUGAGCAGCAGCAACAGCAGCGGGGAUGUGCCCACGGCCACCUUCACACUCAGAAGCAACAGAACGCGGCGCAGCAUUGCGGAUGCAUCGUCAGCGGGGGAUACAGCAGCAGCCGCAGCAGCAUCCCAUACUCCGACGCCGACGCCGCCACCGCCACCGCCACCUCCUCCGCCGGCAUCAAAAGCAAUCAAUGGUCAUGGGGCGGACAGCAACGGACUGGACGCCAAGCUGAAUGGGCUGUCCUUGCUGUCGGCAUCGCCGAAGCGGAACGCCAUCUACGAGAGUCGCAGUGGGAGCAGCGUGCGAGCGACUCUUGACACCACAGAUGAUGCGGGAGUGGAGGUGGAGGUGGAGGAGGCGGAGGCGGAGGCGGACAAUAGCGAUGUGAGCGCGACGGCUACAUUCAAGCUAACGGAAGGCGGCAGCAAGGCCAGAAGCGUCAUCAGCACACGGAAUGUGCUGCCGCCGGUGUCGCCGACACCCAGCCGCUACUGGGAUCGGGACAGCAGCAACACCACCAGUCGCCAGUACUCCUCAUCCAACUCGUCAGCUCUGAGCGGCAGCAGCAAGUACAACACUGACGAGGGCUACCGCAGUGCGGCGAAUGUGCGCGAAGAGAAGUCCGAAGGUCUGUGCGGCCUGAGAAAUAUCGGCAACACCUGUUUCAUGAACUCGGUCAUCCAGUGCCUGAGCCACACUACUGAGCUGACCCGCUUUCUCCGCACACACCAUGGCUCGCGCUCGUCCGCCACCAAGGAUCAGCUAAUACUCUUCGAAUUUGCCAAACUCAUCCAGGAGAUGUGGACAACAAGCGUGCACACCGUAACCCCCAUGGACCUCAAGCGGGCCUUCUCUGCCAAGCAUCGCAUGUACAGCGACUACAAUCAGCAGGAUGCGCAGGAGUUCCUGCGCUUCUUCCUCGAUUCGCUGCACUCGGCCCUCAACUCGGGCAUCAAGGGCGAGACCCUCAAUAUUGAUGAUAAUCUCAGUGACAAUAAGAAGGCCGAUCUGACCUGGGAGUGGUAUACACGGCAUGAGAACUCCUUGGUACGCGAUCUCUUUGUGGGACAACUGAAGAGCACUCUGAAGUGCACGACAUGCGGCAACACGAGCGUCACCUUCGAUCCAUUCUGGGAUCUGAGCGUGCCACUGCCCUCCUCAUCGCGCUGCAAGCUGGAGGCCUGCCUGGAUCUGUUCAUACGCGAGGAGAUCCUAGAUGGCGACGAGAUGCCCACAUGCUCCAAGUGCAAGACGCGCCGAAAAUGCACCAAGAGCUUCACCAUUCAGCGUUUCCCCAAAUAUCUUGUCAUACAUCUGAAGCGCUUCUCAGAGACGCGCUGGAGCAAGCUGUCGAACAUUGUCGAGUUCCCCACGGCUGACCGCGACCUCAAUAUGGCGUCCUACGGCGCCAACUCCAACUCGAAUGUGCAUUACUCGCUCUACGCGAUAUCCAAUCAUAUGGGCUCAACGGCUGGCGGUCAUUAUACGGCACUCUGCAAGCAUCCAGUUUCUCGCAAGUGGCACGAGUUCAACGACAAUAUCGUGAGCGAUUCCGUGGCCGAAAACUUUCUCGUUUCAUCCAGUGCUUAUAUACUCUUCUACGAGCGUACGUAAGGCUCAGUUCUCAGUC